CCACUGCAUUGGGGAGCACUUCGUCGUCUACUACGUCAUCACAUGGCGCAAGCCAGCGCAAAAGGAGGGGAUGGUGGCGCUGUACCCAUCCACCUCCAGACGAUCGAUCCAGGAUUGUUGGAGCUCAUACAUCUUGAGCUCCUCUCCAUUGCGCAAGUGAUCGCGAGCGAGGAAGAGGAGAUCCAACCACGAUUGCGGACGACCAGGGCCCUGCGGAGAACGUACAACGCGGUCGUCAUCCCGGAUUACAUUGCGCAUCGCGCGGAGAGGUUGGAGGACUUCCCGGAGGAAAAGCCGUUGUGGCCUCCCUCGUCGUAUCCCCGACCGGCGCCACCCAAGGCCGCCAAGAAGACGCCGACGAGGAAGAGACGCCACCCGUCGCCAGGAGCGCAAGGCAGCAAAAUCGGUGGCGGCGAGGAGGUGAUUCAGCCCGCGCAUACGCGAAAUCUUGACCCCGUGCUGGGAGUGCGGCGACGCUCAUUAAGGAGACUGUCGUGCCAUCGCCGCCCUUCCCUCGCGUGCCCGAUCUCAAUCUUGAUGGAGCCGGGCCAUCAGCAGCAGCAGCAGCCGGGGGAGGAAGCCGAAUGGGAUUAUCGGAUCCCAUAUCCAGACCCCCCGUCCUCGCGAGACCUCUCCGCUUCCGCCAGCCACCCCGGGGUGCCCCGAUCAUUGACAUUAGCAGUUCCUCCGAGCCGGAAGGUCCUUCCGACAGAGGUGGAUUUCAUGGUGGAGCCCACCACCAUCAGGCUCGAGGCCAUUGCGGGGGCGCCGCGCCCUGAUCCGGCGUGGGAGCCAUAUCUGACACCCCCUUUUCAAGGGUGUAUUGCGGCGCGACUGGCUGGGACGCUCAUCUACGAGACCAGGCAGCGUCCCAAUGUGAUAUACCACUUCCUUGUCUUCGCGGCGUAGAAGCGGGAGCGGCGGCCUUACAUCGAGACUCAUGUGGUGAUGACGGGUCCAGGGCCCCGAUCGGUGCGCAAGCGGGUGGU